UCACGGUUUCCUAUCUCGCACAUAUUCCAACAUGUCAGCCAUUGUUUGAAAUUGAACUCCCUUUGCCAGAGGUUGUCCGUAAUUUUCGAUCUUUUUUCGCGUUUUUUCCGUGCAAACUGUAGCCAUUGUGGCGCGGCAGCAAUCUGGUGUGAAUCUUACGGAUUCCGUAUCGUUGGUGAAUUUCCCAGAAGUGCAGUCACAAAAAAGAAGGAGAGAGAAGAGGCUGGAAUAAUCCGGAGGAAAUAGUGCAUAGGCGAGUGAUUAAUACACACUUCGCGCGUGUGUGAAAGAGAGUGAAUUAAGGCAAGUGGAAGAAGACGCAGCUGAAAAAGGAAAUAUUGAUCUUCGGCUGUUCAAUCUAGAGUGAAGUAAAAAAGAAAAUAGUGUGUGAGAAAGAAGUAGCAGGAGGGAGAGGAAGAGUGCUCCGGAUUAUGAUUGUUUGGUCGUGAUAUCGAAUUUAUUCAACUAUACAUCAAUCUGUGGCAGCGCGGCGGAACACAGUCGCAGCAGCAGCAAGGAAUCGACGCGCUUCGCAUUGAUAUUCAGCUUGCUUCCUAAACCACAAUAAAAAAUUCGCCACCGCCACCACCACCACUACCAUAAAUAAACCGUUCCGGUUUUAGUUGGCUGUUUUCGUUUACUAUAGGGAAUCCUAAGGAUACAGUUUUUAUGAAUCAUUUCCCAUUAAGUUAGGUUAUGGCAAACUUGAAUUUCCAGCAGCCUCCGAGAAGUAUACCAAGUAGUGCAUCGUUGAGUGGGAGAGGAGGUACUGCGGGUGGCUUCGGUAAUAGUUCAUUAUCGGGCCAUGUCACACCAACGUCUGGUAUGUUCCCAACUGCAGCAACGGGAGCGGGAAGCUUCGGAGCAAGUCAACCACCUCACUCGCAACAGCAGCAGCAGCAGCAGCAACAGCAGCAGGGACAGCAGGGGCAGCAAACGGUGGGUCAGGGCGGCCAGAACCAACCCCCUCAACUGUCCCCGAGUACCGCUGGAGCGCGGAAUGGUGGAAGCGGCGGAGUGUCGAGUGGAGCAACCGGCAGUGGUGGAAGUGGUGUGGUCGGCGGAAGCAGUACGAAUCCAGCGACCUCCAGUGCUAGCACUAACGGUUCUCAACAGCAGUCCCAGCAGCUUUCCUCCUCGAACUCGUCGGCUCCAAGUGGGACGAACGCGCGGAAUAAUCUCUUCGCUGGACAACGAGGUUUCGCGGAUCGAAGGGCAAUGCCGGCACUCAGUGGAACGACAAUGUCCAACAUGGUCUCGUUCAUGCAGUCACGAGGAUAUGGAUCUCAGAGCGGGAAUAGCAUUAACAAUUUCCAUAGCGUGUUCGACAAUGGCACGUCGGAGACGGGAACGCCCCCACUGCUCGACCUGUCCGAGUUUCCAUCGCUCACGAACGCGCGGGGUGGCCAGAGUGACCAAUCGUUACCGCAGUCCAACGCGUUGCAGCCUCCCGGGAGUAAACCGUAUGGUAAGUCAUUCCAUUCCGUUCAUUCCCCAAUCUUUCCAGUUGGUAUGGUAAAACAGCCAACGUCGGAGCAAACGGAGUUUACGAUGUCGAGCGAAGACUUCCCGGCGCUGCCCGGUACCCAGAACACGGAGAAUGCCCAGCUGGCGGCGAGUCAAGGUCUGCAAGGCGUUCAUCAUCAUCAUCAUUCAGAUCAUCAUGGUGCCGAUAGUCUAAGUAAAUCGGUCGGUCCGAUCGGGGGUGCUGCCGGCAUGGGAAUGGACUUGCAGAGUGACGCGGGCAGUGCGAACGGGAACACGGACAAAGGAGCUAUGAAACGAGGCGUACACACAUCACCUAAUGGAAUGGUCACGAAUAUUCCUGCUAGUAUGGUCAAUAACCAGUUCGGUAUGGUUGGUCUGUUAACGUUCAUCCGCGCCGCCGAAUCCGAUCCAAACCUGGUGACGUUAGCGAUGGGCCAGGACCUGACGGCACUCGGACUGAACCUGACGUCGGUCGAAAACCUCUAUCCAAGCUUCGGCGGUCCCUUCUCCGAUUCUCCGGCGAGACCCCAAGAUAUGGAAUACAACGUACCACCAGAGUAUUUGAUCAACAUGUCAAUAAGGGAUAAGCUGUCGAAGCUAACGUUGCAGAAAUAUAAGGAUGAUCUAUUAUUUUAUUUAUUUUACACGAACGUUGGUGAUGUGAUGCAGUUAGCCGCCGCAGCAGAGCUACAUAGUAGAGAUUGGCGAUAUCAUCUGGAGGAAAAGGUGUGGAUAACACGUGUGCCAGGCAUGACACCGUACGAGAAGAAUGGCACAACCGAGCGUGGCACGUAUUACUACUUUGAUGCGCAAAAUUGGCGACGAGUGCCAAAAGAAUUUCAAGUGGAUACAGUGAAGUUAGACAAAUGUCCAAAUCUAAGUGCUUACGUUACGAUGAGUGGACAGCCUGUAUAAUAUUUAUUAAUUUGUAAUUAAAAGAAAAAAUGCAGAAAACAAAAAAGAAGCAGAUGAAAAGAAAGAAAAAUUAAAAAUUUUCUGAUUCAGUAA